AUGCAGACACCACCAUCAUCGACUGCUCAAGUUCAUUUUUCCAGCGAUGUCCGCAACAUGGAUAACUGGGCUCGCCGUACAGGCAUCCCGUUAACCACAGCGGAAGCUUUAGGCACUACUUAUGCUCGUGCUCAUAAGUGGUUGACGUCGUUAAAAGCCCAACUAAUUCAGCACCACGGGUGGCAGGACGCCGAAGCUGCCGUCGAUACUCGUAUGCUCUUCACCGUAGAAGCGCCUUCUCCAUGGCGCUCCCCCAAUGGGCUCCCUUUGAGCCCCAAGUUACGCCUUCAACUCCCCACACACGCAUCCUCUUUCUUUUCUCCAGAGCGACGCGUUCAGUGGCAAAUGGUGUUCCAUAGUGACAUCUUUGCCACUCAGCGACUUAUCGUCCAACCCAUCACCGACAUCCUGAAUCUUAUCCAAUGCCUACUCACCGGCGUUGUGACCCUUGUGUACGAGGAGCAACUACCUCAGGGUACUUAUACUACCACCCGGGGCCUCCCGUCAGUGCAGUGGAUAACCAAUAACCAGGCCGCCCUCCUUGAAAUCUUUGGGCAUGCCCAUUUCAAGCAGCUCUGGAAGGCUGCCAACGACAGAACGACGUCGUUCAAAGUUGACUUUGAACCUCGCCGCCGUUGA